AUGCCCGACGUCGACGAUGAUGGUUUCUAUCACUGGUUCCCCUGGGGCAAGAACAUCAAUCCGGGAUGGAGCUUCGAUGUCAUCACGCUUUUGGCCAUCAUUGGCGAAGGCAGCGUUGCUGAAUUCGCUCAAACCAUCACCGCCAGUUCUCUCUGCAUGCUUCCGCGCCUGAUUCCCGCGCCCCAGGCCCUGCUCCGUCCGCAGCGGCCCCAACGACUGCCCGAAGUCCACGCCAAACUGGCAGGCGUCUACGGCGGUACUCUCCUCGACUCCGUCGGCUUCUUUGCCAACAUUCUGCACCCACUCGACGAGUACAAGGCGUUCGACUUUAGAGUGUUUGAGAUCAAGCAUACACAUCUUCUCCAGCCCGAUGUCAGCAGACGGCUGGAGAAGGAAGGCUUUUUGGGAACUGUUUUCGGUCUCCGAUGGCUUAAGAGGAAGAAGGCGAAGAAGCAGGAAGAUAGGAACAGCGAGAUCACAUUCAACAACACAAGAGAAAACGGCAUGAACGGAGGAAGCCACGAAACCAGCACCUACGCGAGCGCGAAAACAGACGCAGGCGCCCUCAGGAGGCAACACGGCACCAACAAGCACGUCACCCUCGACGUCGACCCCGAGCAAGGCGACCAUGUCCCCACGCCCGGCAUCAACCGCCAGCCAACCAUGUCCGAGCGCAUCACCGACAUGGUCACUGCGCCCAAGAUGAUGACGCCCCAACGCGUCGCCAGCAGCCCCAACGCGCGCUACACCGUCCCGCCUGCCCUGGACUCGCCCAUGCAUGUCAUCAACGUCUUCUCCUUCCUCCUCACCGUCACGAUCCUCAUCAUCACAGCCUAUUGGAACGACGGCGCGGCCGUGACCGCCAUCGUGACCAUCUCCCUCGCCGCCACCGUCAUGGGAUACGCCUCGUGGUGGUACCCGCUUCUCAUGGCGCGACAAGCCAAUGCCAAGGUGCCACCAGGCGACGUGGUCAUCCGCACGCGCGAGGGCGCCUUCCUCGUGGUCAAAUGCACCGAGGAAGUUGCGCGCGAGCUGUACCAGGGCACGGAAGAGUGCCGCUACGUGUCGACAAAGUUCCACCGUCUGUUCAUGGGCAUCGCCAUGGUUUUGCUCAUGGUGGCCGUGGUGCUGUUGGGUAACUGCCGGUGGUCGUCCCAGGCCUUGAUCGGCGGCGCCUAUGUCCUGCUCAACAGCAUCUACUGGGUCUGCGGCCUGCUGCCGCAGCGCUUCUUUUGGGACCUUUCCCGAUACACGUUCACGGACAUCACGCCCGCAGACGUCAUGAGCCACGAUCCGAACGACGAGCCGCCCAAUUUCACAAGGACGCUCUGGUAUGCGAUUCGCGAGACCAAGAAGGAUGCGUGGGUGGAUAGGUCUGGAGCCCUGCCUGGCACGCUCCAGUGGAAGAAGUGGCUCGAGGAGGCCCUCAAGGCGGCGAAGGAGGGGAACUAUAAUUGGGAUGCGGUGGGCAGGAAGGAUGAGAUCAUGAGAGAGAAUCCGGAUGCGUACGUUUCUAGGGAACCGUCAAACCCCGUGAAGCAGCAUCAGAGUGGACACUGGCCGAAUGAUCCAGCGGCGCAGAAGGCACCGUUGGAUCAAGUGCAGCCGUCGCCUUAUCAGCAUCCCGGGGGGACUCUGUGA